AAUUUUGCUGCAAUCUCCGCCUCCAAUUGUUUGUCUUCCAUAGUUGCAUCUAUUUAUCUUCUAUCGCCACAUUUAUUCUUCUUCUGUCGCUGACUCUUAGUCGCAGGCCUUUUUCGAUUUGUCGUGUCUGACCACCUGGACCUUCCAUCUCUAAAGUUGGCAACAAAUCGAUUGCAAUUGGCGAUGACAAGAGUUGCAGCAAUGAUCAAAGUGGGGGUGUGGGUUGUUGUGACGGCCAAUUGUCGAGAGAGAAGGCGAAGGUUAAAACGAUGAGAUCGAUCGCCAAAUCUAAGGAGGUGAUGGCGGAUCGCUAUUAAUAUGGCGAAGAAAAUUGGCAAUGGCAAGUAGUGUUGGAGUCAAUAAAUCCCAAAAUCUCCAUGAACAUUUGGCUUGGUGAGGGAAAUGGUGACAAGUUAGAGAUAGCUUAAGGGAGGUGAAGAAGAAUUUUCAAUGUGCUACAUGAAGGACCCGUACGAGACUAUGUAGGAUUUAUUUCCAAUUAAAUGGCUCGAUUGGAAGGUGAUUAUUUUGAUGAGAGAAAAUGUCCAAUUGCUAUAUAAGGACGUGUCGGCGGGAUCGCAUUGAAUUGAGCCAUUUGACGGUCCACGACCUGUGGGAGAACAUGGAGGCCACUGACAACGGCCACGAUCUGCGAGCUGCUCUGAAAGCUUUCGACGACUCUUUGGCCGGCGUUAAGGGCCUCGUCGACGCCGGAAUCGCAAGAGUCCCCAGCUUUUUCGUCUACGACAAGAGCGACAUUGAAGAUUUACCGUGCGAUCCCACCGACACCAGCGUUCCCACGAUAGACAUGGGAGCCAUCGACCAUGGCAGAGCCGAGCGCGACGACAUCGUCUCUAAGAUCAGAGACGCUUGCGAGAACUGGGGAUUCUUCCAGGUGAUUAAUCACGGAAUUCCGGUGAGCGCUCUGGACGAAAUGAUUGCUGGAGUUCGCCGGUUUCACGAGCAAGAUGUGGAGGUAAAGAAGAAGUUCUACUCCAAGGAUAUGGGGAAGAGAUUCUUCUACAACAGCAACCAUGACAUCUAUUCAUCCAAGGCUGCGAGCUGGAGGGAUACUAUGUACAGUCUUUACACGCCGGAGCCGCCUCAACCGGAAGAGCUGCCAGAGAUUUGCAGAGAUAUCAUGUUAGAGUAUGCAAGGUAUGUGAUGAAAUUGGGGCACACUCUGUUAGAGCUGCUCUCUGAAGCCCUGGGGCUUAGCCCUAAUCGCCUAAAAGAAAUGGGAUGUGGUGAUGGGAUGUUUCAGGUGGCUCAUUACUAUCCUCCUUGUCCUGAACCAGAGCUGACUAUGGGACUUAAGAAACAUAGUGACAGUGGCUUUCUCACCAUACUACUACAAGACAAGAUUGCUGCUCUCCAAAUCCUUCAUCACAAUCAAUGGGUUGAUGUUCCCCCUUUGCAUGGAGCCCUGGUAAUAAACAUUGGAGAUCUAAUGCAGCUUAUCUCAAAUGACAAGUUCAAGAGUAUCAUCCACAGAGUAGUGACAAAACGAGAAGGUCCAAGAACAUCAGUGGCGUGUUUCUUUAGAACCCAUUUAAGUGAUGGAACAAGAGUUUAUGAGCCGAUCAAAGAACUGCUAUCAGAAGACAAUCCCCCAAUCUACAAGGGAACCACUGUCAAAGAUUUCAUGACUCGCUUCUUUAAGAAAGAGCUUGGAACCUCUUCCCUUGCACAUCUCAGGCUGUGAGUCUUCAUUUCUUUGAACUUAACUGUCAAUCAUCAUUGAAUCUGAGAAGGCUUUCCCCUGCCUGUUGUUAAUUCGGAAAUAAAGGCCUUUCUCUGGUGAUCUGAGUUUUCUGUGCCCAAAUAAUUAUGGUCUCUGGUGUGAUCAGACUUUGUAUUUCAAACGUACUAUUCUCAUCUUCUUUGUCUCGUUUGCUUGCAAAUAACAUAUGUCAUCAUGACCCCUUCUUCUGUC